UAUAAAGCCACAUCCUCUUCCGUAUGCUCAUUUUACCGAAUAGCCUGGCAGGUUACAAGAACUGGACGCAAAGGAUACAGGUAGAGAAUGCCGAACCAACUUCAAAAAUCUCUCCAGGAAUACCUCUCAAAGAAGAAGAAACCCGCCCCCCAAGUUCAGUCUCCAUCCACAUCAAGAGCUCUUUCUUCCUCUACUACUAGUUGGAUUUUGCGUGGUUGCAAACACCCCAAGACACCGUCUUUUGCCUUUGAUGACAACAAAGAAAAAGAAGACGCUUCUGACGGUGCAGCAACGCUAUCUGACAUAGAUCGUUUCCUCCUGGAGAAUUUCAAGUCCUUGUACAAGAAGGAAGAAGGUGAAGAAGACAGCAGAGAGAUCGAGAGAAGCCAUGAAGGCGAAAAUGAAGAAAAACCCAGCGGAGCACUGUUAGAUUCGCCAAAGUUCGAGGAUCCACCAGAGAUUAAUCUUUGUGGUUCUCAUCGGUUUUUCGUCGCCCGGGCUAGCUCAUCGGGUUCACUGAUAGAGGAGGCUAGGACGAGCUCGACAAGAAGCACGCUCCAGGUUAUAGGCACCAGCUCCACCUCCACCUCCACCACCAGCACCACCAACUCAGUCAACAAAGGCGGAAUCAAUGAUUCAACAACAACGGCGAGUGACGAUGAUGACGGUGGAGAGGGAGACGUGAACAAAGUGCUAAACCCUGAAGAUUUUAUUACGGUUUUGAAAUAUUCCGUCAGCCCUCAUGAUGAUUUCAAGAAGUCCAUGCAUGAAAUGAUUGACGCAAGAUUGCAUCACAACGGGAAAAUUGAUUGGGAAUUCAUGGAAGAGCUCUUGUUUUGCUACUUGAACUUAAAUGAUAAGAAAUCAUACAGGUUCAUCCUCAGAGCAUUUGUGGACCUGAUCGUAGUUUUACGUGAAAAUUCGGGCGGAGCCCCUGCAAAGCCGAGGAGUGCUUGAUCCGAUAGCGGUAGGAGGAGGAAGAAUAAUGAACCCAAUUAAACAAGAGACGUAACGUCAGGAAAAAAAAAAAAAAAAAAAAACG